AUGGACGACCAGCACACGGCAGCAGCCCUUGAUCACGAUCUCCUAUCUAAGAAGUCACCAUCGACAAAUCUCUCGGCAACAUGCAACAGCGUCGUUGCUGCAACGAACAGUUUGUUGUGCAACAACCUUCUGCUAUCAACAAGCUGGGGAAGCAUUGCUGAGCUCUGUGGGGUGGUAGGCAAUGGUGAAGCUACUGGUGGUCUAGCUAGUAGUAGUGGUAAUAGCAGUAUUGGCGGGGUAGCCGGCGGUCUGACCAGUCUCAUGAAUAUUAAUAAUGGUCCUGAUUAUAUGAAUCUAAGAAACCCAUCAUCAGCAUGCACCUUGAAUGUUGUGGGGGUGAAGAACGAACCUGUGUCCCCGGGUCCACCCCCUAUAUCACCCACUCCAAAAUUUAGUAGUGACUUCGUGAAACCGUACGGAAGCAGCAGCAUGGGUACCACCAACAACAUACCGCCAUAUCAACUGCAUAACAGCGUCAGUGCUACUUCUUAUCACAUCAAUAAGAGUCGCACUGACAAGCUGGACAGCAACAAUAAUUACAUUGCCUCAUCGUCAUCUCCUUUCAACAUGAACCACAACAAUCUACAACAACAACAACAUGGCGUUAUCAAGAACAGUUAUUCCCAACAACAACAACAACAUUACCAUUCCAUGAGUGAUUCAACGAAUUCUCCUUAUCUACAUCAUAACAUAUCACCAAAUCAGUCUUACACAUCCAACCAUCCACUCAUGCAACAACGGGUUUUGCAACACCAACAAAAAAUGUUGGAACAAAAUUUGUUGCAAGUUGAUCAACCAACAAAUGCCAGCAAUGAUGCAUCAACCGCAUUACCAGCCGCAGCACAGUUCCGUCGAUCAGGAACCGUUGAUGAAGAGGAUUCGUUUCGAUGA